ACUUGACGAAGAUGAAUAAUUGUGAAACAAUAGUGUAACUUCCAGGAAAGACUGAGACCAUCGCAGAACAGAGCGGACAUGGAGCGAAGAAGGACAAGUUAAGAAAUAUCGCAGAGAGAAGAUGAUGAAGAAAGAAAAAAUGUUUUAAGAAAAUCAUUGACGACUCGCAGCUCUAUUAUACUCAAGAAUUGAAUCAGGAACUGGAUGGCAAAUACAAUUUAUCACACCAUGUAUUGAUCAAGUCCAUCAGAAAUGGUUGAGGUCUGGAUGCUACAGGAUCCACCAAGGUGCCAGAGUUUAGGAGGACUGGAGGUUGAAGUGGCUGUGAUAUUCUAAGCACUCUGAAUGCACGCAAUAUAUCUCAAAAAUGGGAUCAGGAAUCUACAAAUAAUGUUUAAUUCCACUUAAACAUGAUAAACCUGAAGAAGGAGCGUGGUGCCUUUCUCACUUCUUUUGAAGCAAUUCCAACUUCUCUCUCAAAUGUUUAAGGCACUGAUUAAAUCUGCUCUCUGGGGCAAAUAAAGAGGCACUAUGUGAUCUGACUGACAGCCUGUUGUGACUCCAGUGAUCUCAGUUGGAGAAAACAAGCUGGGUAUUGUUCUGUAUGGCAGGCUGGCCAUUUACUUAGUGUUGUGUAAAACAUGGCAUAUUUCUUCUGCCCCUGCAGGUGAGUAGGUUUCUUCCAGAAAAAUGUCUGAGAGAAAAAGGAAGGAUAUGCUGCUGUUCUCCUUGACAGGACAAAGACAUCCUUAUGCAGGAAACAACAUUCAUCCCUAUGUCAAACAAGCAUGUUUGUUGAAAUAGAGUAUUUAAAUCUUUGCACAACGGUUACAAGCAGAUCCGUAGCAAUGCAAGCAAAUAACCCAGCACCAGCACCUGGAUUCUCCAAUACUGGCUAUGCACCAGGAAACCAGGCCCCAUAUGGCCACCCGCAGUAUGCAGCUGGGAACUUCUACGGCACUCCUGCACCAGGGCCCUAUGCUUAUCAGGCACAUCCCAUGGGAAACCCACCCGGAGCUGCUGUUCCACCCAUCCAGAACCAGCCUCCCGGGACCAUCUGGAUGCCCAUCCCUCCUCCUAUUCCCAACUGCCCUCCUGGACUGGAAUAUCUCACACAGAUUGACCAGAUACUAAUUCAUCAGCAAAUUGAACUUCUUGAGAUUUUUAUUGGAUUGGAAUCGAACAACAAAUAUGAAAUCAAGAAUUCAUUGGGACAAAGGGUGUACUUUGCAGCAGAGGACACUGAUUGCUGCACAAGGAACUGCUGUGGGCCAGCACGACCUUUCACUAUAAAGAUUAUGGACAAUCUGGGUCAUGAGGUGAUACGGCUGGAGAGACCCCUCAGGUGUUCGUCAUGUUUUUUCCCCUGCUGCUUACAGGAGAUAGAAAUUCAGGCACCUCCAGGAACACCGGUAGGUUAUGUUGUCCAGAAUUGGCAUCCCUGCUUGCCCAAGUUUACUGUUCAGGAUGAGAAAAGAAUGGAUGUACUGAAAAUUAGUGGCCCUUGUGUCGUCUGCAGCUGUUGUGAGGAUGUUAAUUUUGAGGUGAAGACUUUGGAUGAGGCUUCUAAUAUUGGGAGGAUUUCUAAGCAGUGGUCUGGGUUUUUGAAAGAAGCAUUUACAGAUACUGAUAACUUUGGAAUCUCAUUUCCAAUGGACCUUGAUGUAAAAAUGAAAGCUGUCAUGCUCGGCGCUUGCUUCCUUAUCGAUUUCAUGUUUUUUGAGAGUAUUGGUGACAGCCAACAGCGAGCGGGAGUGUGGCAGUGAAAUCUAGAACUUUGUAUUUAGAAGGAAGAAAAUAAACCACCCACUUCCCAGUGGAUUACAGAGCUCCAGUGAGAAUGUGAGAAGUGGAAGAAGUGGACCUCUUACUCUUGUAAUUAUAUUUCUAUAAACUAAAGGCUUUAUUGUCUAGCUUCUGGUUUUGUAAUCUAAUGACACCGUUGUAUUCAAAUAAGCACCUUUUGUCUGUACAGAUCAAUACUGUAAUGUAUAGAAAUAUAUAGCAGCCUUUUUUCCAAUAAAUUUGGAAUUGUUGUAUUAAAAACUUAA